AUGUCAGCAGACUGGAGUCCUUGCACUCCAGCCUUCAAAGGAAGUAACCUUGGCUGUUCCGCAAAUUGCCUGCGUGAACCAAUUGUCAUGUUUGCCAAUAUGCCAGCUGUAUCUGGAACUCAACGCACAGCAGUUCUGCCCAUGUUAAUAGAUCGUGGCUCAAAUCUGAAUUGCUUGUCAGGACUUGAAACAUCCCGUGAUGCUCCCAUUAAUGAAGACUAUAAAGUUGUGAGAUUUAUACACUUUUAUGGUGAUAGUCCUGAUGGGUUUUUUCACUGUGAGGUCAAAGUUUAUAGCUUGAAGUCAAAUUCUUGGAAAAGAAUUGAUGACUAUCCUUAUGACUUGAGAUUUAUUCUGCCACCUGAUUAUCACCCUCACUGUAGAAGAGGGUAUGAUGUGUUUGCUAAUAGUUCUGUUCAUUGGAAGGCUACUGUAGUGGGAAAGGGAAAAGAAAAUGGGAGUGAUAUGAUUGUCGCUUUUGAUCUUGGAGCUGAAGAGUUUAAGAUAAUACCACAACCCGAUUAUUCCAGCAAUGAACAUGAAAUGAAUGUGGGAGUUUUAGGAGGGUGUUUAUGUGUGUUUUGUAAUAAGAACUGUAAACAGGUUGAAAUAUGGGUGAUGAAGGAAUAUGGUGUGAAGGAAUCUUGGACUCAUUUAUGUACCGUUAUUGCACCGCUACAAGUGAAGGAAUUUUGGUUGUAUGCUAGACCUUUAGCUUAUUCAAAGGGUGGAGACAAAAUUCUGUUGGAAUUGGAUAAUAGGUUUUUUGUUUGGUAUGAUCUGAAAAGGAGAAAGUCCAAGAUUAUCAGGAUUCGUGGUGCUCCUCCUAUUUUUAUAGCUGAGAUUUGUGUAGGAAGCCUUGUCACACUAAAUGGAGGUGGUGAGGGUCAGACUAGUGGGAAGGACACACAAGAGAAAAGGAAGACUAGAAAGAAAAGGGCUGGUAAUAGAUGGUUUAGGAUGCAAACUUGGAAAAGUAUGGACAUGGAGCGCAUGGUUGGGGAUCUUUAUUAGCUUCUCUCUGAAUCUGGACUACAAGAAGUUAAUGUUAGUUUCAUAGGGAAUAUAGUUUUUCGGGCUUUAUAAUAGAGUAGCGUUUGGGGAACUCGGAUUCUUCUACUUGUGGACAGUUUUGUGGGUUGUACCUUGUUAGAACGUAUUUUAAAGCAGUUAAUAUGCUCUUUGAAGGA